AUGCAUGUAAAAUUCGCGGCCGUUGUUUAUCAUGAUUCCACGGAAAGAUCGGACGAAUCCAAAGAUUUGGCGAAUAAUCCGGACGAGAUCAAAAUUGAUCUGGAAGAAUACAUUGCGGUCAAUAAUCCUGACGAGAUAGUUAUGUCACCUGGUGGAAUUAUUAAUGAUUCAAACAAGGUUCCUAGAACACUUGAAGAGGAUAUUAAUCAUCGAGAAGAGAUAGCCGUCUCGUCGGAAGUUAAUAAUAUCUCUGAGAUUUUAGAUUUUCCGGAUGCCAACGGACCUUUGGAGUUUAGUUAUGACGAAGAAUGGUUGGCCAUAACCAAGGCAACCCACGAGUUUCUAUCUUUGGAAUACCUGCAGAUACCGUUACCUUCGGACGAAGAUAUUGCCAGGAGAGUAGAGACUGAUCUUCAAUGGGUUCGGGAAAACAUCACCAAGAAAGAUCCCGGCCUCCUUAUUCCAAAUAAUUUUCAACAAACCGCUCCAAACCAGGACGAAUUGAGAACCUCUACAUCACAUCCUGUAUAUGAUUUAAGCCUCAUUACCGACUCCCCUACAACCUUUGGAAUGUUAUUGUCGCUCGGAGGAGAUAUCACAAAGUCAGAAUCAACCCUUCAGCCUGUUAUACAAAUCACGAUACCACAAAUUUUUAGAUAUCUCAACCUUUCCAUCGCAUUUUCCUCAUCAGAAUUACGAAUAGGCAUAAUUUCAUUUAUGCUUAUUAUUUUAAAGCAAUACCCAAGGUCCAUGAUGGAUAUUAAUUCGGUUGAUCCGAAACUGGCCGUCGACAUCAUUAAAUCAAUCCUGAAGUUCGUUAAUGAUCUCCCACCGGAUCUCGAUGAAAGGGACCUCGAAUGUGAAUUAUUCAUCGAAGAAGGGCAUGCCGCAGACAUCUUCUCCAGAAUUCGCGAUUUGUUGUUCCAACGCGCAUCGAUCGAAGAGAUUCGGGCCCUAAUAAAAGCAAAGUCCAGGACCCAUUCUCAAUCCGUUGCGGUGGAACCCUUAUGUAAAGCUUUCGUUUCCAAAGUGCACGACGUAAUUAUAUCUGUGCAACAGCAGUCCAAUUUUAGCGAGAUAACUAUAACAAGCCCGGAUGAUACUCAUGAUAUCGAAGGCCUAUUAGCAAGCAUCCAUCCUCGUCCGCUUCAUUGGUCGUCCACGACACUUGGAUUUUUCCCGGAACCGUUGCGAUCUCAUCUUGCCGCUCAACAACUAGAAAUUGGGGAUAUUCCUUCAAUGGGUAGAGACGUAAUCUUGCUGGAAUUUCCACCGUCCAAAAUGGCCUCCUAUACGAUAAUACUAAUCAAUUUUAUUGUUGAGAUGAUAGAGGAUGAUCCCAAUGAACAUCCAGUGGAAGUGUGUUAUCAGAUGCUUGAUGAGUUAAUUUGGAGAUAUCAAAUUUUAGCAUUCGAGCAUGUCCUUUUUGCCCUUGUCAGAGGGCAUAGCGAAACCAAUGCUACUGCAUUCGGGAUACUCGAUUAUUUGUUAUUUAAAUCCGAAGGAUUCUCGGAGAGGGUCAGUUACUUCAUAAGUCUAAAAUUUUCCCAUCGUUAUUGGGUUGAAGACGAUCAUCAUGAUAAGCUGAUGAAAUACCUUGAGAGGUAUCCCGAAUAUUUUCAAUAUGAAGCAUAUGCAAUGGAUGGUUAUGAGAUGGUUAACAAACCCCUGGAACCGCCGUUGGACACGCACAUGCCAAUUUACUACACUAACUCCAUUAGAAAAUCUUUGCCAAUACUUGACAUUGUCAUCGGAAGAUUAGUUGAAUUUGGAGAGCAAAAGAUGCUCAUCAAGUUACUAGACGAAUACGGUCAUCCUGAGAUAAUGACGAGAUUAAUAAAAUUACUUGGUAACAAUUUUUCGUGGCCAUCUUUGGCCGGUGCAAUGUUAUCAACUAAUCGCAAUUUCUUUCAUUACCUCUUCUCAUUGAAUUUAGAUUAUGAUGAAUAUGAUAUUGAUUCGGAAUUGAGACAAUACGGGUCUCUCGAGAUAUUUUCUGAGGAUAUCUUUGAAAUCACGUAUUUUGAAAAGGUUUUCCACAAGUUGGCCGAAUCAAUGCCACAGGAAAAGUAUGUCCCAAAGGCCGAUACGAACUUACCGGAACGUCACUUUCGCGAGAUCCCAAAUCCUACUGUGCUCGCGUUACACGUAGCCUGCAUAGAAAUUCUUGCCAUCCCAACAUCACCUGAAGAAAUAGUGAAAGCAACUUUGGACAUGAUAAUUCGCGCAAAUGGUCGCAAGAAAAUCUCUUUGCAACCGGUUGUUAUUCAUGCCGUCGGGUUAUUAUACUCUUUCCUGCCGACAGAAGAAUUCGUCUAUAAGGUGUUUGAUGAAAUGGUGAUGACCAUAACUACAGAUCCUCACCUUAGAGAAUUUUCACAGGAAUAUAAUUUGAAGGUGAAGACAGCGCUGCAAUUACGGAAAAUUAUUUGCAAGAGCCGAUAUUGCUAUGCCGAAACCUUGCGUGCCUUGGGUCACCCAGUACUUGCUGCUUCGAAAUAUGGGAAAUUAGCUUCACGAUUAAGGAAACCGAUGGAUGCGAUAUCUGAAAAUGCAAUGUUUGCUGCGGAUGUUUUGAGCAUCCCUGAGCUUGAUAUAGUAAAGAAGAAAGAAGAACUCUUCGAUUCUUACGUUACUUCUCCGCGUAUUCAAUAUGAGGACCUCAUGCGAUUGCUGUGGAUGUGA